CUUCUUAACACACUCACUCCAUCAGAUCAUGGGAGUACCGGAUCAUUCGGAAACGAGAAGGCUGAUUGACUUCGCUGCCAAAGCAGCUGAAACGUUUGUCAGUGCCUAUUAUGCGGCCACAGAUGCUCCACAUCGUGUACAGCUGAUACCGACAUUAUAUUUGCCCGAUGCUACAAUCGUAUGGAAUGGCCACCCGAUCAGUGGUUCGACAAAUUUAGCUGCCCUGCUUAAUAGCAUGCCUGGCAGCAAACAUGAAGUGCAAAUGUUCGAUUGCCAUCCAUUGGGAGGAGGCACGAUAGAUGGCACAUUUCAAACUCCUUCCCUAACCCUGACUGUCUCAGGUGUGGUCGUUCAUCAUACCCCAGGAUCGCUCUCGGCCAUGCCACAAUCAAAUGCACCAAACUCCUCAGGCUCGGGCAAAUCUCGUGGGAAUCCUUCGGACGGAAGCGAUUCUAGUAUACCAGUGGACAGCCUUGCAAGGGCGUUCUCACAGAAUUUUGUCCUUGUACCACAAGCAGGUCAAGAGACUGGAGGAAUCAAUGUCAGCGCAACACAAGAAGGAAAGACCAUCUCGGGACGCUUCUUUGUGCAAGCUGAUGCUUUCAGAUUCAUUGGAUAACAAAAACAGAGACAACUAUCUAAACAGACACCUGUAAAUUAUGCAUAGACUUGACUGCUUGUCGGGCAGCCAGCUUCCACUCAAUUCAUCCUUGUAUAUUAUUGUAUCAACAUGCCAAAUUGUUUCUUGCCAUCAUUCAAUGCAGG